GUUGAAGAGCUUACUAAAGAAAUCCACAGUAGGAAGGAGAUUGUUGUGUCUAGCGUGGAAGUACAGACAGAGGACUAUGCUGCGUGGUCACAAGCAGAUUAUUACUACUAUGAAAAUUACUACAACCACAGUGAUGCUCAAGACUGUGCAUCUGAACUGCCGGUGCACCACAGUCAUGGCACUGAGGGCACUGAGCAUAAUUCCACAGAGGAAUCCCAGGCAGAUGUUCCUUUAACCAUGGAUAGCACCAAAGUUGCUGAAGAUGGUGGCGAAGAAAAUUUCAUCCAGGAUUCACAGGAAGCAGAAGAUCCUUCAGUACCAGAGGGUUCUUUGGCGGAGAGCUUGAGAGCUGCUGCAGAAGCUGCUGUUUCACAAACCGGAUUUAUUUAUGAUGAAAAUACAGGAUUGUAUUAUGACCAUAGCACUGGAUUCUACUAUAAUUCGGAGAAUCAACUGUACUACGAUCCAGCCACUGGAAUUUAUUAUUACUGCGAUGUGGAGAGUGGCCGAUACCAGUUUCAUUCACGAGUGGAUCUGCAGUCUUACCAGGCUUCUGGUACUCAGCACACCAAGGAUAAAAAAGGGAAAAAGAAGAGAAAAGAACCAGAGUGGACUUCUGCAAAUGAGUACAAGGUACGUCAUUUGACAGAAACCAUGGCUAAUCUGAAGAUUUCUUCUUUUGGAUUGGCAGCUUCUGGUAAAGAUGAAGAAAAGAUCUGGCCUCCUUGUAUCAGAGUGAUUGUAAUAAGAUCACCAGUUCUACAGACUGGAUCACUUUAUAUUAUCACAGCUGUGAAACCUGCUACAAUUGGAAGAGAAAAAGAUGUGGGACACACACUUCAGAUUCCUGAAGUUGGAGUCAGUAAGUUCCAUGCAGAAGUAUAUUUUGACCACAAUUUGCAAAAUUAUGUUCUUGUGGAUCAAGGCAGUCAGAAUGGAACAGUUGUUAAUGGAAAUCAGAUUCUCCAGCCUAAAACAAAGUGCAAUCCCUACGUCUUGGAGCAUGGAGAUGAAGUGAAGAUUGGUGAAACUGUGCUUUCAUUUCAUAUCCAUCCUGGCAGUGAUACUUGUGAUGGAUGCGAGCCAGGGCAAGUCAGAGCACACCUCCGCCUGGACAGGAAGAAGGAGUCUUCUGUUUGCCCAGCACUUAGCAAAGAAGAGAGAGAGUUGGUCAGAAGAAAAGCAUUAAAACAAAUACGGGUAAAAUAUGGCUUACAGAACACAGAGUAUGACGACAACAAAGCAGUGAAGAAUCCAAAGUACAAAGACAGAGCAGGAAAACGCAGAGAGACCAUUGGAAGUGAAGGAACCUUCCAGAGAGAUGAUAGUCCAGCUUCUGUUCAUAUUGAAAUCAGCAACAGCAACAAAGGACAUAAAAUGUUGGAGAAGAUGGGAUGGAAGAAGGGAGAAGGCCUGGGCAAGGAUGGCAGUGGCAUGACAGACCCGAUCCACCUUCAGUUACAUAAGACGCAUGCAGGUUUGGGUACCAGCAGACCAGUCUCAGUUGAAGAUGUUCCGAUCGUCCAGAACAAGAAUAAAAAGAACUGGGAUAAAGCAAGAGAAAGGUUUGCUGAAAACUUCCAGGAACCUAAGUCGCAAAGGGAUGCUCCUAAGACUAUGCCUUGGGUUAGGGGGACUGUAGAGUGA